CUGAGCUGCCAGUGCAAGCACUCCCUUUUCCAGGGCCUGGAGUUCAGCUCUUCACUGACACUGAUGUCAGACUUCAGAGACACAUUAAAUAGUAUCCCACCAAUCACACCCACCCAACAGCGAUCAACCUCUCACAUACUUGGCAAUAAACUUGUUUGCACCACUCUGAUCGGAAGAAGCGCAGAGUCGCCUUGCAGAUCAGCGCUGCGUCCGCUUCGUCGAAUUGGUCGCAGUCUGCAAAUCAUCAUAUAGCAAGGUCCCCAAGUGUCUUGCACAAGGGAUGGCAGCCACAGGAUCCUCCAUGUGGCUACAGAUUGCUGGGAUAUCCGGUGCUGCGGCUGUAGCCCUGGGAGCCUAUGGCGCCCAUGCCUUCAAGCCAGAAAACCAGGUUUACCGCGGGGUCUUCCAAACAGCCAGCUCAUACCACCUGAUCCAUUCCGCGGCUCUCCUUGCAACACCGCUCGUGAAGAGGCCGCAAUUGUUUGGCGCAUUGAUGACAGCAGGGAUCGUGUUGUUCAGUGGCAGCUGCUAUACUGUGGCGUUCACUGAAGACCGGAAAUACGGGCGGGGAGCACCUUUUGGCGGUUUUGCUCUUAUUGGAGCAUGGUUAGUUGCUGCGAUGCCUUAGAUGCUCAGGGCCGCCGGUUGUCCUUCAUGCGGAAGUGGAAUCAUUGGCAGCCCUUGAUAGGUCUAUACACUGUACAAUGAUCGAUAGAAGAGGGUCGAGGAUUACUGAGCAGCCAGUGGUAUUCCUGCACAUCAAACGCUUGACGGACCCAGGGCGAAAGUGCUCUCACGGUCUCCUUAAGCUUUAGAUCUGUUGCCAUCAUCCAAGUAUAAGCAGGCGGCUUGCGUCAAACUUAAGGAACACUGUUGUCCAGCAGUAUCUGUGGGCCGCACCCGGCGCAAUUGGACCUAACCAAAGAAUUGGUUUUGCAUGGUCGCGCAGCCUAGAGAUUCUAUGCAUGCACGUAAAAUAGCCAGGCC